CCUACAUGGAUACUUAGGCAUACAUGCAUUUGUGCAGACAGAGUCCUAUUAUUGUCAUUAUUGUCAUUAUUGGAGUUGAAGAAUAAAUGCAUCGCGCAUGCCGCAGGCUUUGAACUUCACAGUACCGUACACUCUUCUACUACUCAUAACAUGACAUUCCCCAUCUGCACCCGCAAACACCCACACCCACACCCACACCGCCCAUCCAGUGGGCUUCUCCAGUUUUUUUCUUCCUUGACAGGCCAGCAAUUCCUUGGUCUUUUGCACCUGAUACGCGGCUCAGCUACUUCCCGCCUAGAGGCGUAUCAUGAGGGCUGAGGUGAAACCCCAGCGCUGCGACGUGAUUGGCCGUCAAGGCGAUUUUCUUAGCCGCCUCCCGUCUCGUCCGUGCGCCAGUCCUCACAACCUCAACACCAAUCGUCUCAAGGGGUUCUUCUUCUUCAUGCCUGUCGCAAAAUCUAUCUGGUCCAUGCCAGAACUUGGUUGGAUCCGUCGUUCGCGCCAUUGAAUUACGCUUUGACUCUGCCAGAAACGGCUUUUCUCACCCAUUUGUCGUGGCCGAACGCAUAAUCAUGCUUCCAUCACCCGUCUCGAGUUCGUCUCAACUCUGCCAUGCAAGCUUCAGUUCGCCUUCAUGAUGCUCUACCGGUCUGAGUCGUGCUCACCCUCACGCCACUGUCCUCCUCCGUUCGUGACCAAAGCUUGCUAGGCCGCCGCCACCCUGCUGUCCUCACUUUUCUUAAUCCCUCCUUCGCCCACUACUAAUGACUUACACGUAGAGCCGGUUUCUCAUGAGCCCUUGACAAGUUUCGACUUCUUCUUUGUUUCUCUUCAACCUUUCUCUUCUUUCUCUUUCCCUUUUUACACAUCCGCUGCAGGCCAGCCCGGCAAUUCAUCUGCUCUUCUUCCACCGUAACGACUUUAAUACACCACUUCUUACCUAAUAUCAUUCACUUCCUCUUCCAUCAACAUGCUUUACAACACUGCCCUGUGGGCCACUCUUCUUCUUGUAGGAUGCGCCUCUUCAAAACCUCAGACACAUGGAGUCAUCCUUAGACGCGGCGAUGAUCUGGAGAAUGCUAUGCGACGGGAUGCCAACCUCGUAGCAUCCCUCACUCGACGACAGGACGCCAACCCUCCACAAAUUUCACCAGCUUCUGGCGAUGCCGCAACCAUCGAUUUGGCCAAAUGGGAAGCCCAGACUAAGAGUGCCUGCGAAAGACAACUCAUGAGUCUCAACGGCCAAGCCUCCAACCCAAGUGGCAUCGCAGUGUGCUACAAUCUUCCUUUCCUCGACAACCAAACUGGUAUAUUCCAGGCCGAGCUUCGCAUGUACAACGUCUCCGCACCUAUUUCACCAUGGGUCGGUAUCCAGGCUGCCGAUGUUAGCAUGACCUUGUCAUACCCAAGUGCCACUGUACAGAGCAUGAACGGCACCUUCGCCAAGCGCGAUGUGGCCUAUCCACCUAUCAAGGCACGCACUAUGGACAGCAUUCUCGUGGAGAGACAAACAGCAAACACCAAUGCGCCGGUGCAGUUGAAAGUGCUCAACUAUGUCGGCAAGGUCAACCCUGACCUGUUGGGUAACGGCAUGACACAAACCGCUCUUCAACCCUUCUUGAUCCCCCAGAUCGAACUCACAGCCAAGAAUCCAGCAGGCCAAGACGAGAAGGUCACUCUUUCUUCCAACGAAGCCUCCUUCGUCAACGGCGUCUUCGCAAAGCAAGCAACCAACGUCCCCAGCGAGGCCGAAGCCCAGGCUUCUGCAUCUGCAGCCAUCGCUUCUGCCCUACCCUUCAAGCUCCCCGGUACCGGAAUCGGUGAAGUCGGACCUCAAGGUGUCAUCAUCUGCGGUGUGUGGAUGGUCCUAUUCACCAGCGUCGUCGGUCUAGGAACGUUCGGACGUAUCCAAUUCCGCGAACAAUACAGGAGAAGAGUCAGGAACGAAUCGGCGAGGGGUGUACGCACCAUCUAAGCAAGCUUUGCGUUUACAUCUUCCUGUUCGUUUUCCUUUCUUAGUAUCUUGAUACCACUGCAUAUUUGGUUUUGUGUUGGAUUGGAGCGGUUUUAUUCCCCUUUGUGUCGCGUCUUCUUUUCGAACAUCUUGUAUAUAAUUAAUUGCGGGCAAGAGAUUCUUCUCCUCUGCCCCAAGCAUCUUGAGAGAUGAGAACCAUCAUGGAAGGUUAAGUUGAAGGGUUGAAAAUGGAGGAACAGCUGGAGCAAAGUCGAGACCACUGGAACAUAGAAAAAGGUCGAAGUUGAGCCAAAAAAAAACAAAUGAAAAUCGAAUCUCAAAAGCAAAUCUCGCGCAAUAUCUGUCCAACAUCCUCCCCGUCACCCUGCCAAUUCCUAUCCUCCCAGCGCCAUUCACCCAUACACUCUCCCAACGACAGACUGCAGUCUUGCUAGCAGUAGAGAAAAAAGAUCAAGAGAGGUGCACUGUGGUCAAGGCGGAGGCUGUCACUCGCGUAGAAUUACAAGCCGGGUACGGACAUUUUGACGCGCGACAUGUGCUUCGGACUCCGUGCAGAGAGACAACUACGAGACGUGAGAUGCCUGUAACCUGUAGGCAGGGCUGUCGCG